AUGAAAGUGUUCACGAGAAUAUCGUUCCCUUUUCCCCACCAUAUCCCAUCCUGUCCGAUUCCUCCUUUCCUCAAACUCAUCUCGCCACGGCCGUGUGCCCUGAAAAAUCGAGGGUAUUCUCAAACAUGCAAAAAGACGAUUGCGAGAUGCGACUGCCAUUUGCAAAACAGGGGGUUUGACUAUGAGGAAUUCUCCUUCUUCUCGGGAGAACAGGAUAUCUCCCAGAGUCGUGUUCUAACAAGAACGAGUAGAGUUGCAAAAUCUUGGAAGGAGUCGAGAGUAAGCCAGAUUCUUCUGCCAAAAGCAAGAGAAAACGUUGCCUGUCUUGAUCUCUUUUUCCCAGAUAGUACCUCCUCACUCGAGGGGGGAAGAGUGGUAAGUCGAAGAAGUGACUAUCCAUUUCCUGUGAUCCAACAUGUUUUUUUUUUCGGGGGUCAUGUUGAUUUUGUAAUUUUUUAUGGGUGCUUGUGUACUGAAGCCAUGUCGCGACGUGGAAUCCAGGCGGCUGGUCUCAAUAACAGUUACAGGGGAAUGAAAUGCCGAGAGAUUCCAUGCCAAGUUUCCGUUCGACGACGAUGCUUCCAUGAUGGGUACUCUGAGCAUAUUGGCGUUUCUGCUUUUUUUUGCUAUUUUCUCAGUUUUUCGUUAAUUGUCGCAAGCAAAACAAGCAGUAGCAUUCCGUAA